AUGACUUUGGUUGCUGCUCUUUGUCAGUUUCCAGCCGAAAUCAACAAUGUCAUUUUCUCGUACCUGGAUAUGAAACAGCUGCUCGAGUGCUUGGCUGUAUGCAGGCAAUGGCGUGACAACAUUCCAUUCUGGAUUGAGACACAGGAGCGAACGCUACAGCUCAGCAUGUCGCAGCUCGACAAUGCACACCCACCGUUGCAAUACAUUGGAAGGGUCGUUCAAGGGAUUCAGCUUGCUCCUUGGAGACAAGAGGUCAACUACCAACAAGUCAUUGUCAACCUCGUUGCGUUGGAUCUACCGCAUGUGGAUACAUUGCAGCUGUAUUUUAUGCCAGCCAAAGGGUCAAGUGUUAUUGAAGCAUCGAAGGCGUGGUAUCAGCUGGGAACCAAACUACGUCGCUUAUUGCUGAGUCUCAAGCAUCCCACAAGAGGUCAAUUUGACGUUUCUCCACUGCUUCGUUGUUGUCCAUUUCUCACCCACCUUGCAAUCGACUACCCUCAUUUUUCUGAACCUUACCUCAAGUACAUUGGUCAAGGUCGACAACUACAACUUCACUACUUGAAAUUCCGAGCCCACAUUGAAAUGCAGGAUUUGUUGUCACUUGUACGACGUUGUCCGGAGCUGCGCUAUCUACGUAUUGGUUGGAAUCAUUCAAUGGACUUGAAACAAAUCUUCGAUGCUUGUCCUUCACUCAAAGGUGUUGGUGUCAAUACCAGAGUGUUUGAAUCAGACGAUCCAUGGUGGAAGGACCGACGUCAUAUGCCAAUGGCAACAAGAAGAUCACCUACUACGGCAUCAAUACAAGAGCUUGACAUGUAUGUGAAGUUUGAGGAUUUAUACCUACAAAUAGCAGCCAUGCUCAAUCAUCAUUGUGAACAUCUCAAGCGGCUGUAUUUGGAUAUCAACAUUGAUAAUUGGGAUGGACGGAUAAAACAACAUGACUUGGAUACGCUUGAAUAUGACCCACUACCAGCUUUGGAGGAAUUUGAGUAUCACGCCUAUCAACCAGCACCGGCCAAAGCAUCCUUUGUGAUCCCUUUGCUCAAAAAGUGCCCAAAUCUUAAAAGCAUCUACAUUAAUACCAGAGAAGCUGGUCCUAUCUAUCGUGCGCUUGUUGGAUUUCAUUUACCCCAUCUACGAUGCUUAACUGUCAGCGACACGGAUCGUGAUAUGGAUGGACUUGAAGAUUUGCUGUUCUCUAUUGCCAAUACCAAUACCCCGUUGGAGCGUUUCAUAUUUAAAGGAGAUGUUUUCAGAUCACAUUGGAUAUACCAGGCACUGUCGCAAAUAUCCUCAUUACGGCAUAUUGAAUUGGAUGACUUUGAGCCGAAUGUCUUUAAAGCGAGAAAACGGGAUAAGAAAAUCAUGACCCAAUGUCUAAAUCGUCUUCAUGGUGAUGGUGUUACCAGCACGCCAGCUACCAGAAAUCUCGAAUCGAUCGAUUUUUUUCAUGUGGAAGGUUUCAUGACGGUCGACGCAUUUGGUUCCUUGCGAAAGAUAUUCCCCCUCAAACGAGUGGCAUUUCAUCGAUGCGGCCCCAUGAGUGAGCGAGGUUUGCGAUUACUAGUGGAUCGGGAGCCACCAUUGGAGUAUUUGGAAAUGCACUUGAGCAGCAGAACAAUGGAUGAUAAAUCGUUGGAGCCAAUCCUUGCUUAUGCUAGAACCAAGAUACCUAUAAUCAGAACCCCGCGUCCUUAG